AUGAAUGAAAAAGAAACGCAUAGUAAUGACGGCGGUCAUAUUGAAAAUGGUUUAAAUUAUUAUCUAAAACAAAAAUGGAAAUUAUUUGUCACUUUAUUUAGUUUAUUUAGUUUUAUGACAAUGGGAAUGGAACUUGAAAUUUCUGGUUCAACAAUGUUACCUUUGAGUAUUCAAGUAAGAACAAAUUUGGCUAAAUUAUCUUGGAUUAUUGCAGCAAAAAGUUUUGGAUAUAUGAUAAUAGUUGUUUUUUUUGGACUUUUGUUUCAAUCAAUUACAAAAAAUUAUUCAGAAUUCAUUUUACCCAUUGCUUAUCUUUUACCAUCUAUAGCAACAGCAUUAACUCCAUAUUUUAAAUCUUUAUGGGCACUUUGUAUUGCUUUGUUAUUUCAGGGAAUAUCACAUGGUUUAAUAGACUUAGCUUUAAAUACAUUGAUAACAAAUAUGUGGUCAAGCCGUUCUACAGCACCAUUAAAUUGUAUUUAUUUUGGAUAUCCUGUUGGUGCUUUACUUUCUAUUAUUGUUGUUCGAUCAUUUCGUCAAAAUGAUCCUUUAAUUGAUAAAAAUUAUAUGAAAUAUUCAAAUUCUACAAUAAUUAUAAAAGAAAAUUAUUUUCAAUCAGAAUUAGUUGGAGCGUAUAUAAUGACAUCAAUAUUUUGUUUAAUAUCAUCAAUUGGAUUUGCUUUGAUGGCUUAUAAACAAAAUCAAUAUAAAAAAAAAGAAAAAUUAAAAAAACUUGUUACUUUACAAUCAAAUGUAAAAGAAGAAAUAAAUAUUCAAUCGAAAUCUAAAAGAUUAUUUAAUCAAUCAAAUUUUUGGAAAAUAUGUAGUCCAACAACAUGUGGACAAGGUUAUUUCGCUUACGGAUUUAUUUUAAUAUUUCUUAUAUUAUUAUUUAAUUUUUUUGUUGGUGGAAUUGAACAAGGUUUUACAAAAUUUUUUAUUUCAUUUGUUGAACAAGAACAAAUAAAUCCAAAUAAAAAAGAUUCAAUUUAUUCAAUGAUUUUUUAUUGGUUACCAAUGUUAAUUGGACGAAUAUUUUCAACUUUUUUAACUGUUUCAUUAAUAAGUCCACAUAUUAUGUUAACAAUAUCAUUAUUUUUAUGUUUAUUAACAUAUUUAUUAUGGAUUUUAUUUAUUUGGUAUAUUGGUUUAAAUCGUAUAUCUCUAUUUCUAUUAGUAACAGCAAAUGGUUUAUCAAUGUCACCAAUAUCUGCAACAUUAAUUGGUUGGGUAAAACAAUUUUUACAAUUGACGCCGAUUGAAUUAUCAUUAAUAUUAUCAUCAAAUGCCACAGGUGGAAUUGUAUUUGGAUUAAUUUCUGGUUUCAUUUUUCAACACUAUGGUGCAAAACAUUUAUUUACUCUUUUAAUUGUUUUGAUUUUUAUCGUGUUUAUUUUAUUUCUAUUCGCUUUAUUUUUGCAACGUUUUCAUUCAAAACGAGAAAACAAAUAUCAAACGAAUGAAGCAAUUAAUCAAGAAGAUAAUACAUUCGAAACAUUUCUUAGACAUAAUCAAUAUGAUUAA